AUACAUAACACUCUUAUUAUUACCAUGAGAAGCCAUCUUCAUAUUCAUAUUCAUAUUCAUAUUCAUAUCAUCAUUUCUUCAUCAUCAUCAUAUAUUUCAUUUCUUCAUUCUUAGUAUUUCCCAUUUCACUCUCAUAAUAAGCCUAAACCCUUUUUCCUCUCUCUAAAAACAACAACAAACCUCUGUUUUCACCUGCGACAAUUCUAAAGCCAGAUUUCGAACCAACAUCAUUGUUCUUCCCGACAUCUCGGAUCACACAAACAAACAACAAUUGUCAUCUUCCUUCCUUCCUUCCAUCCAUGGCGGCUGGUCCAACAACAACCACCACCACCGAUCGACCUACCGUUGUAGGUCCCACAACCACUCCUCUUCAACCACCACCACCAAUGCUCGUCUCUGACUCCUACGCCAAAGACGCUAUCCUCGCUUGGUUUCACGGCGAGUUCGCCGCUGCCAACGCAAUCAUCGACGCUCUCUGUUCUCAUCUCUCUCACCUCUCCUCCGCCGCUGAUUACAGCAAUGUUUUCGCCGCUAUCCAUCGUCGGAGACUCCAUUGGAUCCAAAUCCUUCAGAUGCAGAAGUAUCACUCCAUUGCUGAUGUCGCUCUUCAGCUUAAAACAGUAGCUGACAAAAAAAAUACCGUUGAGGAGGUUAUUCAAAACGACAUCGUUGUGAUGGAAGAGGAGGAACAGAAAACAGAGGAGAAAGUGAUCGACGGUGGUGGUGAUGAACACGAGGAGUAUGAUUCCCCUGAGAGUGAGAUUACUGAUUCAGGAUCACAAGAAAAUCAAGCUAAUUCGAUGAACAUUAAUAUAUGUUCCAAUCAUGAAGAGUGUGAAGGACGUGCUACACAGUUUAAGUUGACAAAAGGUUUUACAGCAAAAGAGUCAGUGAAGGGGCAUAUGGUGAAUGUUGUGAAAGGAUUGAAGUUAUAUGAAGACGUUUUCACUGAUUCAGAAUUGUGCAAGCUGUCAGAUUUUGUGGAUGAGAUCCAUACUGCUGGUCAGAAUGGGGAACUGUCUGGUGAAACUUUUAUAUUAUUCAACAAACAGAUGAAAGGUAACAAGAGAGAGCUCAUUCAGCUUGGUGUUCCAAUAUUUGGACAGAUAAAGGAGGACACAAAAAGUAAUAUAGAGCCAAUUCCGGCACUUCUGCAGCGUGUUAUUGAUCACUUUAUUCAAUGGCAUUUACUUCCGGAGUACAAAAGACCAAAUGGUUGUAUCAUCAACUUUUUUGAAGAGGGGGAGUUUUCUCAGCCAUUCCUGAAACCACCGCAUCUGGAUCAACCUGUGACCACUCUUCUUCUAUCUGAAUCAACCAUGGCAUUUGGGCGUAUUCUUAUGAGUGAAAACGAUGGGAACUACAAGGGACCACUUAUGCUGUCAUUGAAGAAGGGGUCUCUUCUGGUGAUGAGAGGAAACAGUGCUGACAUGGCAAGGCAUGUCAUGUGUCCAUCUCCUAACAGAAGGGUAAGCAUCACCUUCUUCAGAGUGAGGCCAGACUCCAAUCAAUGUCAAUCACCAACUCCUACCAUGACAAGCGCAAUGACUAUGUGGCAACCUGCCAUCGCUAACCCGUAUGCUUUGCCAAAUGGAGCUUUAAGCUGUGGCUAUGAUGGUAUGGACAUGAUGAUGCCCAAAUGGGGAAUGCUUCCCGGCCCGAUGAUGAUGCUGACACCUAUGCGUCCUAUGGCAGUGAAUCCCCGCAAACUGGCUGGGGGUGGUACUGGAGUCUUCUUGCCCUGGAAUGUUCCUUCCAGAAAACCCACAAAGCAUCUUCCACCACGUGCGCAAAAAGGAAGGCUUCUAGCAUUGCCUUCUCCUGUUGAGCCACACAUUGGAGAGUCCACUUCUGAACCUAGCAUUUGUGUUGAAGGAUGAGAACAAAUUUGGUUCUGAAGCAGCCUUGGGUUCAAAGACUUGUGAAACAUGAUAGGUGGCUGGCUUUCAAGCCCCGGUUAUUUGCUCUACAGGAGCAUUUCAUUUUGUUGUACAAACAGGGUCCACCCCAGUGCUGCUACAUGAGUUUGGUUCAUUCUUUUUUCUCUUUCUUUUUUUCACACUCUUUCUUUUACUCUUUUUUUUUCUUCUUCUCCCUUUUGGAUAGAGUAGAAUCUAGUGGAGUUCACAACGGUUUUUAUGUUUGCCAGUCACAGUAAGAGCUUUAGUAGAAUAGUCAAGCUUUCAAAAUUGAAGAGUGUGAAUUAUCUCUGAUAUAUCAGUUUGUAAGAAUGAUAUUUUAAGUUAACCAUCUUCUUAGACGAAUCAAAUCGUCACCGGGAUGCGUAUUAUUUAUUUAUGCUUCUCUAUUCCAUAUGA